GGCGCACGGGCAGCUAAAUGUUAGCUAGCUAGUCGGGUUGCACCUGAGAGACCGUGCGGAGGAAGCUGAACAGCGGGCAACCACUUGCGCAUCACAUCAGCAAACAAACUGACAGGGGUAGUAAUGGGGGUCAGUUAAUAUUUUCAACCGCGAGGAAACGCUGACAACAAGCAAGAUGGUGUCCUGGAUAAUUUCACGGAUAGUUGUGCUGGCAUUUGGAACCCUCUAUCCAGCCUACUCAUCCUACAAGGCAGUGAAAACGAAGAAUGUGAAGGAAUAUGUGAAAUGGAUGAUGUACUGGAUAGUGUUUGCGUUCUUCACAACGGCGGAAACGAUCACAGAUCUGCUUCUCUCAUGGUUUCCAUUUUACUUUGAGCUGAAGAUAGCCUUUGUUAUCUGGCUCCUUUCCCCGUACACCAAGGGCUCCAGCGUACUCUACCGCAAGUUUGUCCACCCCACCCUCUCCAACAAGGAAAAGGAGAUCGAUGAGUACAUCACUCAGGCGCGAGACCGCAGUUAUGAGACCAUGAUGCGGUUUGGCAAGCGCGGCCUGAACAUUGCUGCCACCGCAGCUGUCACUGCAGCCGCCAAGGGCCAGGGUGUGCUGUCAGAGAAGCUGCGCAGUUUCAGCAUGCAGGACCUUACGCUCAUCCAGGACGACCAGGAGCUGCUGGACCCCUCAGAUGACAUCAGCACCGGUAGCCAGACCCUCCCACGGGCACGCAGCCAACCACGCAUAACUCGAUCCAUGCAUGCGGUGGUGGCCGAGGACGUCCAUCACAGCUCCAGCUCAAGGUCAGACGGCGACCAGUCAGACACGAGGACCGAGCACUCGGACGAGGAUGCAGGAGAGAAGCCCACCGUGAAGCGCUCGGCCAGCGUCAAGGCAGUCAAGAAGCCAGCAGCUGCCAAAACAGAUACAACCAAGACGGUGAAGAAACAGCCAAAGAAGAAGACCACCACCUCCACAGCAGGCAAAGAAGCUGAGACGCCCUGAACAACCCCCAGACAGCACCCCAUCUCUGGAUCAUUAGCGUACACACACACACAAACACACACACCUUCACAUACUCAUGCGCACAUAUGCAUAUUAUGUAUACACAAGCACACAUGGACAAGUGUACACGUGCAUAGAUAUACUGUAUGCUGUAUACUGUAUCCUGAGAGCAGUUUUUUUCUCGUUUCCAAUACUUUGAGACCAGCUUUUCACGUUUUGGCAUUAUUGUCGAUCUGUAAUGCACCGCUCCAAAAUCCUUCUGUUGUUAUUAGUACAGGAUAUGAGCAAGCUGUGCGUUUUGAGUGUGUGAGUGUCUACGUAAGUGUGUGUGUGUGUGUGUGUGUGUGUGUGGGCGCGCACCACGUGCUGCCGAUGUGUGUUUGACAAGUUCAAGGGUAUCUGUGUUCUAUGUAGUCUCAUGGUUAUCUCUCAUCAACCGCUCCACCAAGUACUAACAAGCAACACGCUUUUUUGUUUUCUCUCGCUUUCUCUCUGCUUACCUCGAGUAUCAUUUCCCCCUCUCCAAUUUAGCGGUAGCCUACUUCAAAAGAAAACGAUGUUUUCUACUCUGACACUCCUGUCUCUCAAAUUAGAAGCCAGAGGCCAGCAACCUCUUUGGCUAAACUAGGCCAGGUGCAGCGUUAUCAGCUCUGAGGGACGACUCUAAGGGGACCUGUCUUUGGUGAUCUCUUUUAGAAAGGCCACCAGCCAGUGAUGCCAUGCCAGCGUGAGCGUCCCUAAAAAAAAAUCUUAGACGACCUUCCGGUUGAGAGAGGGGGUGAGAGUGGUAGAAACCGAGAAAUCUAGGUAGGGCUCUUGGCAGGAUUUAUGUACUGUAUUCUCCUCUGGGUCUAGAGUAGCCUGUCUAGUUUGGGACUGCUGUUCUAAAGAAGUCAGUGGUUUAAAGGCAAAAAAUAUGUUGUCAUGGCCCGUUAUUGACACAUUAUUGAUGUGGUCUUGACAUUUUUUUGUCUACAAUCUGUACCUCAGAAAGUGGCCUUCCGGAGAAUGAUGGGAGAGUGAUGCUUCGAAGGCUGAACUAAUGAUAAAUUCAUGAGGAUUUUUACCACAGCUACCUUUUUCUAGAACACUCUUCCCUUCCUAAGACUGUCCUCAGACAUUUUGUCUUGGCAGACAGAACUGGGGUACAUUUCCAUACUUAUUUAUUUCCUGUGUGUGUGUCUGUGCGUGCACAAAUUGAUUCUGGAAGAGUGUGUCUUUUUUGCUUUUAUUUUAUUACACCAGACUCAUCUUAAUAGUACAUCCUCCAUGUUAAUGGAGUGUUUGUUCCCCCAUUCCAGUUAAUGAUGCUCUCCAACCACAUCCCACUGUCUUGGAGAACAUUUUAUCAAUAGACACCAGCUCUUCAGUAAUGUUUGGCUGAAACGGCUCUGCUCUAUUAUGUAUUCUUUCUUUCUGACUUUUUUUGUUUUUUGUUUUCUCACAUAUUGUAUGUCUGUUUGGCUGUUUUAAGGGACCCUUCACACCACCAUCCAGUGGUGGAGGACAUUACUAUUUUCAAUAUCCACUGUUUUGCUGUGACUGAUCUAUGAGUAACCUUCAGUAUUAAGGAACCAAGUCUUUUUUUUAAACUUCAGCCCUAGUUUUUUUUAAGCAUCUCUGAGCUUUGCGUAAAGCUGGGCUAGCGACUCCAUAAUUUAUAUUGGAAGUUGCCUGUACCAGAGGUAAGACUCAGAAGUCUAUCUCACCGGCAAAACAAAGCAUCACCUGGAUAAUCAACUUAUCUUCAAGUGUCUUCUGUUUUCGAGGAGUGUUUGGAGACUUAAGUGUGAGCUUCUUUAGCUGGCUUGGAUUGGAUGUUUCCCUGCUGGGAAAUUCAAGGCAAAGGAUGGAGGAAUGAAUUAUGUUUGAGAAGCAUUGGCCCAAGGCAGCCUGGCUCAAAUACUGUUGUACUAGUUCGCGUUGAGGAGGAGUGUUCUGAAAUGAGGUGUGACAACUCAAAACAUGGUCCACUUCAGUCGUUGGGUCUUUCUUGCAUGAGGGUUUGACGGGGAAACGUGAAAUCUGUCGUCCUAUAUGACGCACCCUCAGAGUACAUUCAGCAUCUAGAAUAUUCCCUGAGUGCCCACGAAAAAGCAUGAGAUGACUUGCACCUGUGCGCUUGCUGCAAUGGGUGGUGCGAUGCCACCAAUAACCACUAGCGUAUUGCUCCUGACAAUAAAACUGGAGGUAAAAAAAAAGAGCUUCGGAAGCGUAUUUGUGAAAUUGCUGAAACAAUGUAUUUGUAAAUAUUGUACUACUGACUGUAAAGUUUGAGCUUGCUUGCCUUAUUCUCUCGAGUAGGAUUCUUGAAGGCUAUGUGUUGUAUCAUAUUCUCUGAGAACAAGGGAGGAUAUUGGUAUUCCCUCCAAAAUCUUGUUUCCUACUUCUUUGGAAAGAAUGGUUCUCUUCUAGAUUGACCGCCGGGGUUUGUCUUGAGUGCAAGUGCUGUCCCUAUGAUAAUUUCACUUCUUUAAACGCUUGUGUGUCCUCUUAACACUUUUUUUUCUUUUAAACUGUAUGGAAAGAUCCCUUCAUACCUUUAUCUUGCUGCAGCAGGUUUUAUCUUGAGGCUCACACAGAGAUUUCAGAGAUGGUUGUGUCUACAUGCAAACCAUCACAGCUCUCUGCAUCCUCAUGGAGCAUGGUAGUCGUUGCCUUUACACUGGAUUACCAAUACAGGGCCCACCAUAACCACAUGCCUGCCCCCAGCCUUGCUGUUGGGGGUCAGUAUAGGCCUGGGAUGACCAUGUAUUUUGACAAAUAUUUCCCCGCCUCAUAUGUAAAGCACUUUGUUUUAAGAGCAACAUGUAAGCAAACUUUGUUUUUGAAUAGUUUGCAUUUUUUUAUUAGUAUUGUUGGGAUGGGCAUUUUCUUCCGUUUUGCAUUCCUGUAGAGCAAACUAAGUGGAAGGCGUCUUUCAAAAUGACCGCAAAGCAACUUAUUUUCACUCUUUGCCCCAACACCUCCCGACAUUUCUCUUUUGUCUGCAGGAGUGCAUGUACUAUAUCUUUUUUUAAAUUUCAGCUUUUCAUGUUUGCACUGAAUAGAUGAUGUUGCAGAUAAUCGACGCAAUGAAAAACUAAACCUCUUUGACCGACAUAUCACUCGGACAUACUCGUUUUGAAGUUUAAUUUUAUUAUUUAUUAUUUCUUUUGUUUGUGUGUGUUUUGAAAUCUGUAUUAUUGUGCAUAGGAUUUCAAUUGUGAGAGAAUAUACAACAUUGUAAUAUAUUAUUUGUGCCAAUUCUCAGUACUCCACAUAAUAAUAAAAUCACAACUUUUACUGUGCAGGUAUUCUGCUGCCCUCUAUGUUCUCUUACCAGUCAUGCAUCCAUAAUAAAGGCUACUAAUAAAAUAUACAGUAUUACCUGG